AUGAUCAUAAUAUUUGACGGAAUACUGUUAACUAGCCGUGUUGUCGAGGUUGACGAGAUUGAUCAUAAACCCGACUUCCUACAAGUAUCAUACUUACUUUAUCAGUUUACGAGGCGCGAAGGUAACACGGUUAAACACAGGCCUUCAAUGCUUCGAAGAUUAUUGCUACACAGAUCCUUAAAGACGAAUUCUCUUCAAUAUCACAAAUUCUCCACAACUACUAAGCUUUUAGACUUAAGUGAAUUUUUUGAUGAUAAGAAAAAUUGGGGAGAACCGACUGUAUAUAGUGGAAGACCAUGGCGCAAAGAAGAGCUUCGACUGAAGAGUAAUGUUGAUCUACAUAAACUGUGGUACGUGCUUCUGAAGGAGCGUAACAUGCUGAUGACUAUGGAAGAAGAGCAUUUCCGUUGUUUGGAGCAAAUGCCUAAUCCUGAGCGCUUUGAGAAGGUUGAGGAGAGUAUGGAGAAUCUUUUAAUGGUCGUAGAAGAACGUAACCGUGCAGAAGAUGAAUUAGAAAAGGGUGAAUGGGUUGGUCCAAAGGUUGUGGAGUCAGUAGACCCGUUGGGUCGAGCAGUUCAGACACUGACCAGUGAACAUCUUUCUCCUAAAGUUAUACCAAGUCAUGCACAAUCAGAUGAGUGCAUGUGGAGUGAAAAAACGGUGAACUUGUUGCGGUUGGAGCGCGAGAAGCGAAUUAGCAGAAGGCGCGAAGAGCAACGAAGACAGCGUUAUUCCGACAGGCUUAAACACUGGAACAGAAGUGACUAUCUCAACGAAGAUUCGAUUUGA